GUUCCGUUACCUCCUUUUUCAACGUAUUAUUGCUACUCACGAUGUAAGCUCGGGAAAAAUGGUACCGCGACAGCAAGUAACCUUUUACCUGUUUCCCAUAAUCGGUUCCUUCUCCCCCGCAACCUUCCUCCCCCAAGCAUAUUUCGCCGACCGUACCCCUGCCAUCUCGCCCCCAGCCCCGUUUGUGGCUGCAUACCCAGCUGCACGCAAUCCCCAGGUGGCCAAACACCCGAAAAUCCAUUGGUUCUCAUUCCUCAGUGUCCCAAGCCUCCCUGUUGGCUAUUGACUAAUGCGUAGCUUCCAGCCGCAGUAGUACGUGCCAGUUCGUUUUGCGAUUGGUUAAGACGAUGUGAGAUGCGAAUUGGUGUGUUGCUAUCUUUUGCGGAGAAACGUUG